UGCGAUUAGAUAAUAAAAUAUCUUAUAACACUGCUGCGAAUUCGUAAACGGCGAGUAUUGUCUCCUUGUUGUUUAAUUUGGAAGAAGGGGUUCAAAUGAAUUUGACCUCAAUCAACCUCUAGUGCAGUGAUAAAUACCACACUUUUGUUUUUCAGGUUGUUUAGUUCGCAAUGGAGUCACUCUCGCAGACGCUACAGCCCCACAAAGACACCGUGGGGACGGUGGCCAGUUACCUCACAAUUCUGCAAUUUUUCUCGGGGGUUUUCAUUUGUAGAGACAUUUACAAAAAAGGCAACACUGACGGUGUGAAUUCGAUGCCGUUUGUGGGCGGUAUCAUGUUAGGGUUGGCAAUGCUGAAAUAUGGUUUGAUGCUUGGGGACGAAAACAUGCUGCUAGUAAACUUAUUCGCAAUCGUCCUUAACGUAAUUUACUGCAUCGUCUAUUAUUUUUACUCGAAUGACAAGUGGAAGCAAAUCCUGAAGCCCCUCUCCAUAAGCAUGGCUUUUGUUGCGGUCUUGUGGGGCUAUUGCGAGUAUGAGAGCCCCUCAGUGGUCGAAUUUCGCUACGGAUUGAUUGUCACAAUACUGAUGCUUGCCGUUUUGGGGAGCCCCCUUCUCGGAGUUAAAGAAAUCAUCGAGAAAAAAGACGCCUCUGAAAUCCCCUUCGUUCUAACAUUAAUGGCGACUUUGGUGACCUUCUCGUGGCUUUUGUACGCCAUUAUUUUAAAAAAUGAAUUCAUGCUUGUUCAAAACGUGGCUGGGUUUGUGCUGUGUUUCGUCCAGUUAAUUUUAAUUUUUGCUUAUCCAGGAGGCGGGAGACAAGUAAGCAAAAAAAAGAAGAAGCAUUAAAAAAGGGCAAACAAUUAAAGAAUUAAGUAUUGAAUAAUUCACAUUCCAGGCAGCGGCGGCAGCGAGCUGAGUUUUCGCCAAAUGUUAUUUUCAACGCCUUAGUUGAAUAAAUCAUUCAAAUUAAA